UUGUCAGACACAGCCCAUUAGCAGGAGAGCGCUGUGGGGAGUGGUUCUGCCAGCAGCCUCUCGGUGCUUCCCGGAAUCACCUGGAAGACAUCCCGGGUCAUCUCUCAGCAUUAGAAAUGUGCCGCUCAUCCUGCCGCGGGGAAGGCAGGGAGUGCACAGCCGCCUCCACCCCACUGUUCCUGUGCUGGGGCAGCACAGCCCCUGCCCCGGAGCCCUUCAGCUGAGCUGGUUUAGCCAAGGACGUUCUGCGAGGCUGGAGCGUGGUGGGAGCCGACGGGCAGUCUGUUUGUGGUGGGAUUGUGCUGACGCCAGUGUCUGCCCCACGGCUCACGGCCCCUCUGCAGCCGUCUGCCUCGGCAGAGAGCAAAUCCCAGGGCGAGCAGCUGGCGGCACAGAUGUGCGCUCCCCCUGCUCCUGCCCGGCGCGGGGCUGCUCUCCCACCCCCUUCCCAGCAUCUCCCCGUGGGGACAGCAGCGAGACCGAGCCCACCCCGGCGCAGCACUGACCAGAGCAGUGGCGUGGCUCAGGUGCCUCUGGACCGUGGGGACGCGGUGUCCUGGCGGGGAACCGUCCUGGCUGCUCCUGCCCUGCCGAGCUGCAGCACCGGUGAGAGGAUGUGGGAGCACAGUCCUGUCCUGGCACCGUGUCCUGAGCUGGGCCCCAGCACGGCUCAGGCUGGCCCCAGAGACAGGGGGAUUGGGCAGUGCUGGUAAUCCCGCUGCCCCCAGGGGAUUACAGCUCACUCUGGCCUGGGGAUUAAGGGAUUUCUCUAAGCAGGGUUGAUGCAGCCUCCAGCAAAGCAGCUUGUGCCAGGGGCCCUCGCUGUCUGGGGCAGGGUGGGCUGUGCAAGGUGUGGGGGAUCCCCAAAGGAGGGUGGGCUGCCAGCUCUGCCGCAGGCUGGCUGAGGGCUCCUCACCCAGGCAGUCCCUGCCCUCCUCGCCACCAGGCUGCAAAAUCCUGCUUUGCCAAUGGGUGCUGGCACCCCUUUGGUGCAGGCUUGGCUGUCCCGUGCUGGGACCACGGCGUGUCCCUGGGCACCAGGGAGCGCUGCUGGGGGAGCUGCUGCUGGUGCCCCAGCCCUUCCCUUGCACAGUGUGGGGUCAGCCUGGGCAAGCUGCUGUGCCCAGCCUGGGAGCCACUCUUGCACAGAGCUCAGGGAUGGACUCCCAGGUCAGAGGCAGAGACAGUGCUGGGGUAGCACCAGGCUUGGAGAGCAGUGCCAGGGACUUGGGCAGAGGCAGUUCCUCUCCUGAGGUGUUUGGAGCAGAGAACAAUGAGCCCUGCUGGUGACACUUGCAGUCCUGUCAGGGCUGUAUCUAUGGUUUGUAAACACCCCACCUUGCCUGGACAGGCUGCAAGGACCCAGCCAGGCAUCCAGGUCACUCUGUGUGGGAGAGGCCACCUGGCCCUGCCUCAUCCCAGCCACAGCACCCACGUGCCUGUGCCACACUGGGGUUUCUCCAGAUGCCAGUCCAGGCCCAGGCAGGAGCACGUGUCCAGCUCAGCCUCCCCUGUGCCCCCGGCUCCCUUGGCUUGCCCUUUUGCCUCCUGGUGAUGUGGCAACUGCUGCUCUGGCCCCUGGGAAAGGGGAAGUGGUGUUGAAAGCAGAAGGUCAGUCACAUCAGCAGUGAUGGCCUGGCUGCCCUGUCAGCUGCCCUUCUCCUCUCUGCAGUCAGGGAUCAGGGACUGCUCCUGCCUGCCAGGGUGCCCUUCCCCAUUGCCCGCCCCGUCUGGGCUUCUGCCUGCCCUGCUCGAGUUACUCCUGGCUCAGCGAUGCCGGUGGAUGCAGGGGCGGGUGAGCGGAGCUGUCGAGCUGCUCCUGCCCUGACAGGCCCUGGGGUUUGUUACUCAUGGCCAUGCCCUGCGCUCAGGAUCGCUCCUGCUUUGAGGAGAGGAGCUGUCAGUCCGGUUUGGGUUUGCUCAGUGCCUGUGGGCUGGGAGGGUGGCAGGGUGGUGCAUUUCCCCAGCUCCACAGCUGUGCCGCAGCCUGGCAUCCCAGGGCACGACCCCCGGUCCUGCUGCAGGAGCCCUCGCGCUCCAGGGCCGCAGCGGAGCGGGCAGCACCUCUGGGGCAUGACCAGAGUGUCAGUUUGUGCUGGCACGCAGGGCCGGCUGAGCCCCUCGGGCUGGGGCCGGGCUCGGGCCCCGCGCCCCGGGAGCGGGGGCCGUGCUGGCACCCCCGCGCUUCUCUGGGUGCACCUUCCUUCCUUCAUGCGGCGCUCGUUGCUAUGCGACCGCCGGCUCCUGAUGCUUAAUGCUCUAAUACGGAGGGAUAAAACCUCUCUAAAAAUACCCCGCUGCCGGCCCCCCGCGGGGGCAAGGGGGCUGCCGGGGGCCGGCCGCCCGCCCAGGGGGGCUGCUGGCAACUUCCAAACUCCUCGUCCUCCAAGUGGCUUUGAGGCGCCCGCUGUGGCUCCGGCGGUGGCACGGGCUGGCGUGCCGGUGCGGCGGGGAUUGGCUGGGGCUGGCGCGUGGGCUCCUGCGGCUGGAGCUCCCCUGGCACAGCCAGAGCCAGAGCCGGCUCCAGGCAGAGCCGGGACUGCUCCGGCUGCCCUGCUCCGGGCACAGGGGAGCUGCCCUCGGCGCUGGCUGCCGGCCCAGUACCGGGGAGCCCGCUGCUCGGCCAGCGCACCUGUCCGGGCUCCGUGCGCUCCUGCCUGACCUCUGCCCGUCCCUGCCUUGCCCUCCCGGAGCUGGUGGCAUCCUGCGUGGGACCCCCGCGGCAUGGGGACGGUCAGCGAGCUCUGCGCCUCCAGUUUCCAGGCGUUCCUCUGCCCCUCGGUGGCUGCCAAGGCAGUGCCCAGUGACCUGACGCCAGAGGAGUGCCAGGAGCUGGAGAACAUCCGCCGCCGAAAGCAGGAGCUGCUGGCUGACAUACAGCGCCUCAAGGAUGAGAUAGCAGAAGUGACGAAUGAGAUCGAGAACCUGGGCUCCACGGAGGAGAGGAAAAACAUGCAGAGGAACAAGCAGGUGGCCAUGGGCAGGAAGAAGUUCAACAUGGAUCCCAAGAAGGGCAUCCAGUUCCUGAUUGAGAACGACCUGCUGAAGAACACGUGUGAGGACAUUGCGCAGUUCCUGUACAAGGGAGAGGGCCUCAACAAGACAGCCAUCGGCGACUACCUGGGCGAGAGGGAUGAGUUCAACAUCCAAGUCCUGCAUGCCUUCGUGGAGCUGCAUGAAUUCACUGACCUCAACCUUGUGCAGGCGCUGCGGCAGUUCCUGUGGAGCUUCCGGCUGCCAGGGGAGGCCCAGAAGAUUGACCGGAUGAUGGAGGCCUUUGCCCAGCGGUACUGCCAGUGCAACCCUGGUGUCUUCCAGUCCACAGACACCUGCUACGUGCUGUCCUUUGCCAUCAUCAUGCUGAACACGAGCCUGCACAAUCCCAACGUGAAGGACAAGCCCACGGCGGAGCGAUUCAUCGCCAUGAACCGCGGCAUCAAUGACGGGGGGGACCUGCCUGAGGAGCUGCUCCAGAACCUGUACGAGAGCAUCAAGAAUGAGCCCUUCAAAAUCCCUGAGGAUGACGGCAAUGACCUCACCCACACCUUCUUCAACCCCGACCGGGAGGGCUGGCUCCUGAAGCUCGGAGGCAGGGUGAAGACGUGGAAGCGGCGCUGGUUCAUCCUGACAGACAACUGCCUUUACUACUUCGAGUACACAACGGAUAAGGAGCCCCGUGGCAUCAUCCCCCUGGAGAACCUGAGCAUCCGUGAGGUGGAGGACUCAAAGAAGCCCAACUGCUUUGAGCUCUACAUCCCUGACAACAAGGACCAGGUGAUCAAGGCCUGCAAGACAGAGGCAGAUGGGCGCGUGGUGGAGGGGAACCACACCGUGUAUCGCAUCUCUGCCCCCACGCCCGAGGAGAAGGAGGAGUGGAUCAAGUGCAUCAAGGCCGCCAUCAGCCGGGACCCCUUCUACGAGAUGCUGGCUGCCAGGAAGAAGAAGGUCUCGUCCACCAAGCGGCACUAGCAGCCAGACUGGCCCUGCGAGGCCAGCCCAAGUGUUCCCCUGUCCUGGGGGCAUGUGGGGUGGGGGCCACGCUGCACGCUGGCCCUUGAGGCCCAGGGCCCAGCUUCAGCUUAGCCAUUUCUUACUGCGGGGGGAGGGAAGGGCAUCUCAGUGACUCUGCCCCCAUCACUGCCUCAUCACCUGACAGCAUCCUCAGAGGCUCAGGUGGGAACACAGCCCCCCUGGGAGCCCUGGCCUGAGCCCCACGGGCACCUCCCUGCCUCUGACCCCCAGCAAGCCAUGGCCACGGGCACUGGGCCCCCAGCCCCUGUGCUCAGACGCUCUUGGGGUGUUGGGCAGGAGGGUGAGCAGCUGGCGGUUUUGGGGUGCCUCAGGUGCUGGGGUGCAGGUGUCAGCCCUGCAGAGAUACAGCUCCUGGCCCUCGUUGUAGCGGGCCUGGGUCUGUCCUGGGCGUCCCCACGCUGCUGCCUUGGACCCUCCCAGCCACCCCUGCACUGGAGUGGUCCCCAGACACAGGAGGGACGAAGGGCAGGGACUGGUGGCGAGCAGUGGUGCCACGCAGGGCAGGGAUGUGCCCUCACCCAGCUGUGGGAGCCGUGGCUGGGAUGUGGCAGCACUUGGUGGCAUUGCCCGAGCACAUCCCUGUGCCAUGGCCGUGUGCCAGGGUGGCAUGGUGCCCUGGUGGAGCCUGCCCUCGGGAUGGCUGCUGCUGGGGGCUGGCUGUGGCCCCAGCUCUCUCUCUGCCUCACAAUCGCCUGUGUCUUGUCCUGUCCCCAUCCCCACGCGCGGUCUGGAGGCACCUGGAUCAGUAUUAGUCUAUUUAUCAGAGGUGUAAAUACUCCUGUAUAGUUUUCUCCUUGUAGAUUAUUUUGUAUGUGGGUGGUUCAGUGCAGAGGCCUCACAGGAGUGGGGCGGGUGGGCAGGAUUUUUUAUUCUAACCUUUUUUUUUCUUUUUUUUUUUUUUAAUUUGCCAUGGCCUUGUAAACUAGUGCUGAAGAUCAGCAACAAAUAAAUACUUGCACCACGCUUC